AUGGCAUUUAAUCACAUGACAUUUUAUGGAAAUCCUCUACAUGAGCGUCAUGUCGGUGAUUAUUUUCCACCUGAACCUGUAAUCGAUCAACCAGGCGUCACAGGACUAGAUAAAAUUUAUCGUACAGAGUUUAAAAAACGUGUUCCAAAUUUAAAAAAACUUGAUGGAAAAAUUUAUGUAGAAGAAGAAGAUGAUGAUGAUUGA